AUGAGACGCGUCAUCAUCCUGCGAUGCUCUCCAGGCACGAUGCUGUGUGCACUGGUCGCGACCGCAAAGCAAGUGACUGCCAAUCGUUCACGGCUGCAGCAAGACCCUUGCGCUGGCAAAAUUUCAAUCUCGUCGUCCUCGUAUCUUUGUUUCAGAUUAACCCCAGCCCGCUUUCCCUUUUCACAUACACUAGUAGACAUUAAACAGACUUUCACUCAAACAUCGUGA